UCUACCAUUCCUAAUUAUAAAGCCUCCUCUGCGAAGUAACGUAUGCUUCCAAGUUGCAAUUUUGCCGUUUUGCUACUCUCGUUUUCUCUAUGGAUUUUGAGUGGAGCCAUUUCAUUUUAUAAAAAACCCAACUCGGGAAAAAAACAUUCAGAUGAGGCGGACGUGACAGCUGACGUGGGGAGAGUGUGUUACACUCACCAAAAAAGGGUUUAAAAUAUUAGUUUUUAGUGGGUUCGGGGGUCCAGAUGACAAACAUGUAAGUAGAAGUAUCCAAUUUACAAAACCGACAUAGUAAGAGUCCAGAAAGUCAUUUUGCCUAAAAUAUAAUACAUGUUACUUGGUACUCUCUUCGUUUUAUUUUAGUUGACUCUUAUUUGUUUGAUACUCUAUUAAGAAAAAUAUCUAAUAGAGACUUAUUUUUCUAAAGUAAUUCUAUUAAUUAUGCAUUAAAAAUAUAAAUUUGAAUUUUUACACCUUACAUAAUUAUUUAAUGAUAGGCAUAGUACAAACAAAAUACAAUAAAUUUCUUUUGAUUUUUGAACUUGAAUAAUGAAAAUAAAAUAAAUAUUUUUGAUAAGAGGUUCAACUAAUAUAAAAAUAAAUAUAAGAAGGAAGGACUUCCCUUUUUCUUUUCGAGGGAAUUUCACUUUAUAUAGUGCAAACCAAGACUGUGAAAGUGAACAUAAAGAAGGCACAACGUUCUAUAUUAUUACAAGCUUCCAUCAAAGUCAUCGAAGAAUAAGUGUUUCCGUAAUCUCUACGAAAGCUGCAACUGUAUUUCAAGUCUUCUCUUUUUUUUUUCAACUUAAUGCCUUGAGUUGCACUUAAUUACAACUCAAUCAACUUAUCCAGAAAGAGGCAAAUUGUAGUUCACCCUAGAAAAAGCAGAACCUUAAAGAAACAUGUCUCCAAAUCAACUAGUACCAAGUCCAAUUCAACUCAAUUUCAGUCAAUACCACAUCGUGAUUUCUUUAAAUCAGGAAGAUCAAGAUAUACGACAGGCUGCAAUAGAGUACAUUCUUAAUGUGGUUGUCUACUCCUCUGUUAUCCUGGUGCUGUUGAUGGUUGUGGCGUUACUAAUUAAAUUACUUGGAGUUUGUGAUCGCGAAAUGACAAGAAUUGAUGAUACUACAAGAAGAGAGACGGACAGCUUAAUAUCGAAAGCAAGUGCUUCUUUAACAUAUGGAACGUGUGAUGAAGAUGAUUUGGAAUCAGGAAAUUAUUGCAGUCGUUCUAGUUCAUCAGAUGAUUUGUAUGAUGAAAACAUAUGCAUAGUUUGCUAUGACGAGAAACGAAACUGCUUCUUCAUUCCUUGUGGCCAUUGUGCUACUUGUUACUCAUGUGCCAAGAGGAUAACUGAGGAAGAAAACAAGAAUUGUCCAAUUUGCAGGCAACCAAUUCGGAGAGUAAGAAGAGUGCUUCUUGCAUAAGCUCAAUGUUUCCCUUGGGUAAUUAAUGUAAACAAUGCACUUGGAUCUUUUUAAAUCAACAAUGUUUAUAUUCAUUCCUA